CUUUUUCUUACACUAAUGACGGACCCAAAACUCAGUGCUGUUCAAACACGUAUGUUCCAAGCAAAAGCUGAACGAAAAUUAAGCUUUGAAGAUAUUGGUAAAGCAAUGGAAUGUAACGAAGUGUAUGCCGCUUCCAUUUUUUAUGGACAGGCAAAACCAACUAGACAUGAAAUCCAGAAACUGUGUGAAAUAUUAAAUAUCCCAACAAGUCAUUUGGUAGACGAAAUGGGCGAACAUUUCUAUCCUUCAAGAGGAGGUCUAAUGCCAAUGCCUCCCACUGAUCCGACUUUAUAUCGAUUCAUUGAAAUGAUUCAAGUAUUUGGAUAUCCAUUGAAAGCAAUCAUUCACGAAAAGUUUGGUGAUGGAAUUAUGUCUGCUAUUGAUUUCAAAGCCAAUGUUGACAAGAUUGAAGAUCCAAAGGGAGACCGUGUAAAGAUCACACUGGAUGGAAAGUUCUUGCCAUAUAAGAAAUGGUAAUCCUACUGUCUGUUUUAAAACAUUAAAUAAAAAAAAAUAAGUUGGGGUUGUACAUGGCAAAACGAUCAUGCAGCCUUUAUCCAAUCUGGGCAAAAAAAAAAAAAAAAAAAAAA